AUGCAGUCGAAUCACUUCACGAGCCACGACUUGGAUCUACUCGAGUCGUACGUUCAUGACUGCAUCCACCAGUUGCCCAAGCUGCCGGCAGCCACGGAUGCCGCUGUAACGGGUACCAGCACUCAAAUUCCGACACGCUGUUCGUCGUACCAUACCGUAUGUACCAAUAUGCUCAAGGAGGUGGUAUCACUGUUGUCGCUCUUCUCUCCAAGAUUGUGUCGCCUCAUUGGACAGGUAUGGGACCUAGCAUCGCUCAACGUGUUUGUAUUGCUGCAAGUGGCGAAUGCAGCGCUGCAGGAUGCGCAACAGCUCCGCGACCAGCUCGCGUUCAUCGAGCGUUUCCAUGCAGAAGGGCUACAGCGACAGGCAGCCCUUGUGCAACGGUAUGAAGACGAACUUGCUCGCCAACGUGUGAGUGAACAGACUGUGAGAGCUGAGCUACAGAAGGUUCGCCAACGUGCCAACCGCUUAGCAGUGGAGAACGGUCAGCUACAUCUGGUCGUAAACCGAGUACUGAAUGCCCAAGAUACCAUGGAAGCAACUCGCUACGAAAGGUCCAACUCUGCCGAACAAGUGGGCACGCAAGAGAACUUCUGUGAAGACAUCGCUGCAAUUGGAGACGUGGAGGAACGUGAGCUCUAUGGCGUUGACGAAGACGCUCUGGCACGAAUAGAAACUGUGCACCCGAUUGAGAGCUAUUCGACCGACUUUGAGCAACUUUUCAAAGCUCUUUUCGAGGGCGAAGAGCGUAAUACCCGCGUGCUAAACGAUAUGGAUCGUUUCAUCAACUCGACUGCCGUUGCCUUGCUUUGGCGCUAUGGGUCAACCGAAGAAGAGCAUCAGAUGAUGCACCGAAUGCUAAGUGCAAGCACCGCUAGUACGCAAACUGAGGGGUCAUUCUUUGAGAAAUCUUCACACCUCACUUCUCGAAGUGGCGGUCAGUGGAAGUCGGUGAACGAGGAGUAUGAUUCCGACGACGAUGGUGAACAAUCAGAUGUAGCAGUUCAAAGCCAUCCGUCGAUACAGGAGGAGCAUGAGGACGAAGACAACCAACCACAAGAGCAGUCAGCGAACCACGAGAUCUUGGCAGUCACCAAACACCAGGUGAUCCCAGCGACAUUACGAGCACAACUGGACUCGAGACCUCGGAUACAGCGCGUUUUGGAGAAAGCUCAACUUAACCGCAUUUUGCUUCGGUUAUAUCUCGAGAAGCUCGAGUGUGACGCCCGGACUUUACGGCGACGAAGGGUAUUGAGUGCUCGUAUCGCUCGUUCGGAGGUUGAUACAAAUUCUGCUGACGAAGGAGCAGUGUCUGUCGCUGCAGUUCGAACACCACUUCACCGGUUCAUGAAAGAGUUCUUCCUCGCACGAUACGAAGUACCGGCACUGGCUGACUUUCACAUGAUGGAGGUCGUUAAGAGCUGCUUCUACUACCACGAGCAGCUUAAGGUCAUUCAUCGUCGAGGAGCUACCUUCUUUGGAUCCACUACAUUAGUUGACUGUUUUCCAGGAAUGCCCGAAAAGCUCAUUCAACACAUCCAGCUUCAACAACAUCAGCAACGCCACGACCAGGCAGAAAAUGAUCAUGCAGUUCAAGAACUUCAGCUGCGGCAGCACUUUGACGCCGCUGAAGUCCGCGUAGCACUUUUUAGUCGACUUUGCGAGCUCGUACCCUUCGAUCCCAAUGUAUCUGCAGUAGAUUCUGCGGCAGUUGGUGGAAAUCUGUCGGCUUGUUUACUGAAUGCAGUCGUGGAUGCACUGGGUGACGUCUUAGAGCUGGAUCCCUCCGUGCCAUCUCUCGCUGCAGUGGAAGAAGUUCCGACCGAAGAGAACUGGGCACUCCCACGUGGGUUGGCAUGUGAGCUUUUGACGCAGCAUUUCCCGUUUGUUGACCAGGACAUUCUGGAUGACACGAAAGCUUGGCUAUCUCGACUUGCUCCUGUGCUGAGAUCAAACUCGAUUGAAGACACCAUUUCAGCCGACUGUAUCGCUGUGGACGUCUUCCUCGCACUAUUCGCAACGACGUGGAUCAAGUACGACAGGCGACUUGAAAGCAAACUACGUGAGAGUUUCCGCCACCAACUGCUGCUGUCGUCACCGUUUGCCAGGACACAAUUGGCAGAGGCGAAGACAGCAGUCGAGAACACGACAGUUGAAAACGGAGAAGCUUUACAGUGUGAAAGUGAGGACAUGAGCGGAAGACCAAUUAGUCGGAUGAGCACCCGACGUUCCUCCACAGUGCUACCAACCGUGUCAGUAGGAGCAACAGCCAUCGCGAUGCAUUCCUCGCCACUUGAACUGCUCACACAGGCUUGGUCGACGCUGGAGAACGAGACGCUGUCGUCACUAGACAUCGAGGAGCUUGAAAGCACUUUCCGAGGCUUGCUCGAAGCCAAACAGCUUGAUGCAAAGCGUCCCGUUAGAAAACCGCACAAAGAGAUUUCAGAGCCGACGGCACCCGCAGUAUCGCUUGGUGGUGUGACCGAGAAAGAGUUCGUCUUCCUCACAUUGCAGGUCCUUCGGCGACGGCGUAACAACUGCGGACUGCGCACCAACAGCAGACGCCCACCUCGUUUUGCAAUGUACGGAAGCCAUCUCCUACAGACACUGGGGUCGGACGAGACGUCAGUUCCUCUCAGUUCACUUAAGCCUGGACUAAACAGCGACAGCUUCGCCUAUAUCAGCAAAUAA